UAAUUAUUUGUAAAUAAUAUUUCUGAAUGUAAAUGUAAGUAGGAAACAAUGAAGACAAUUAGUAAACGUAUUUCUGAAUGUAAAUGUCAGUAGCGAGACUGUGCAGGACUUAAUGUCACGUGACCCACUUUAAACGCUGUUUUAUCUACCGAAAUUAGUAUUUUGUGGCCGCUCCUUCUAAAAAUCCACGUAAUGGAUACAAGUUUAAUCAAGAGGUGACUUUUCGCUCAGUGACACAUUUUGCAGGUAGCGUUUGAAACCGUUCACGUUAGGACAUUUAGCUCCGUUUCCGCAAUCAAAACUCAACCGCAGCAGAGAGCGAGCCGAGCAGACACUUCCUCCGUGAGUCCAAAUUCUGAAAUGUGGUUACCAGCGCUGCUUUGAGACAGAACUACAACAACCUUUUGGCCCCAGAUACCGAAGGGAAGGAAAGCUCGCGGCAGCCAUUGUAAAGGCAUUCAACCUCAGAGAUGACGGCAAGCACCCCCAGCUACUUAUGGUCCUUACAGGAUGUCCUGGGUCAAGGGGCAACUGCCUGCGUCUACAAAGCUCGAAAUAAGAGGACAGGUGAGUUGGUGGCAGUCAAGGUGUUCAACUUGGCGAGCUACAACCGCACUCACGAGGUCCAGAUGAGGGAGUUUGACAUGCUGAGGAAGCUCAAUCACAAAAACAUUGUCAAGCUUUUUACAGUGGAGGAGCUGCCAUCUAAACAGAAAGUUCUAGUCAUGGAAUUUUGCUCAGGGGGAAGUUUGCUCAACCUGCUUGAAGAGCCAGAAAAUGCUUUUGGCCUGGCCGAGACAGAGUUUCUCACUGUAUUGCAAUGUGUUGUGCAGGGAAUGAACCAUCUACGAGAGAACGGCGUGGUGCACAGGGACAUUAAACCGGGCAACAUAUUGCGGCAGACGGGCGAGGACAGUAGGUCUGUCUAUAAGCUGACUGACUUUGGAGCGGCAAGAGAAUUGGAGGAUGACGAAAGGUUUGUGUCCAUCUACGGAACUGAAGAAUAUCUGCACCCAGACAUGUAUGAACGUGUGGUGCUUCGCAACCAUCACCAGAAGUCCUAUGGAGUGAGCGUGGACCUUUGGAGCAUCGGGGUGACAUUUUACCACACUGCCACAGGGUCUCUCCCCUUCAUGCCAUUCAGAGGGCCCCGCAGGGACAAGCAAACCAUGUACAAAAUCACCACAGAUAAACCAAUGGGGGCCAUUUCUGGAUUACAGCGGGUCGAUAACGGACCAAUAGAGUGGAGCUCAUACCUGCCGGACAGCUGCCAACUGUCACAGGGUCUCAAGAUGCAUCUAGUUCCAGUACUUGCUGGUAUUCUUGAGGUGGAUCAGGAGAGGUGUUGGAGCUUUGACCAGUUCUUCACAGCCACAACAGACAUCCUGCAGCGACAGCCUGUGCACCUAUUUGCUCUCCAGCAGGCCAUGGCGCACUGUGUCUACAUACAUCAUUACAACACGGUGUCUGUCUUCUUUGAGGAGGUGGCGAUGCACACUGGAAUUGAUGUCCAGCACCAACAGCUACUCUACUUGGGACAUGAACUCCCACUAGAGGGCAGCAUGAAGGUGGUCAAUCUCCCUCACACGACAGCUACAAGGCCUCUCAUCCUGCUGAGUCACGGGCCAGAAGCAAGCAGCAGCCUACCCUUCAGAGAACCAGAGACUCCCAUCAUCCCAGCCAAGUUUGAUGUAAUGGCAGACUACAACUUUACCAAGUUAAUAGUGGGAGUGGUCCACCAGUAUCUGAGAAUAGUACAGUUGCUGCACUCACACAGAGAGCUGCUACUGGAAGGAUAUUACAGUUACAUGAUGAGGGUGCGCAGGGAGUGUGGGGAAGCUAUGCACAGUAUUGCGCAGAUAAGCAUUAGACUCAAGUCCUGCCUGGGCGUACAACACAGGAUAUUCACUCUAGGUCACCAUGCUUCAGAAAACCCGGGUGCAGUUGAUAAGAAUGACAGGUUGCAGCAGGUCAAUGAGCACCUGCCUGGGUAUGCCGCAGGCAUUCAGGAAUUUCAGAACCGCCUGGAUCACUUGCAGAUAGAGCAGGCCAGGCUAGCAGAGACCCUGAAUAAUGACAGAAGCUGUCAAAAAAUGCAGAUGCUCCUUCAAAAGAUUGUGGCGAUUCAUCAACUUUACCGGAAAGACAGACUCUCAGGCAAAUUGUUGUAUAAUGAUGAACAAAUCCACAAGUUUGAAAAAAUCCACCUGUCCUCGCACAUCAAGCGUGUGAAGUCUCUUAUUAGAGAAAACUGUGCACUAAGAUACAAGGAUCUCUUGGACACCACUAGGACAUGGAGCAGAAUUUUACUGGAGAUGCAGAACCAUCUACAAGACUUCAGUUCCUUCUCCACAGGCUUGUUGGCUGACCUUGAGAUAACGGAGCAACACCAAAACAAAAUUCUGGACAGAAUCUUGGUCACACUACAGCCAAGCAGAGCAGGACAGCAGCAGCAGGAAAUACCACUCAGGGACAAGGAACAAAUGGUCUCCAGGAUAUACCACCUUAAGGAAGAAAUGGAAAUUCUGGUCCGAGAACUGCAGUGUAACAACACCAUUAUUGAGAGUCUAGAAGCAGUGAACUCUGCAGUGGUCGUGAGGCCGAGCUUGGCCCGGCCCGUCACACUGUAACAGGCGCCUCGUUUUAAUUGCCUGGUGAACACUUGGUGGACGACUGCUGUGAUGCUAUCAAAGACUGCCUGCUACAAGAGGAAGCUGAAAACAGCAGAUUACGACGCAAUUAAGAGAUAAGAUUCACAGUUGGGGACAAAACACCACAGAGGGAUUUUUGUGGUUUUCCAGCAAGCCCUUCAAUGCGCACCUCAUUAAUACAUUUUAUCCAUUCAUUUUCUAUACCGCUUAUCCCAUUCAAGGUCACGGUGAAGUGGAAUUCUAUUCCAGCUGGCAUCCGUCAAAAGGCACACUGCUAUUCCUUCACAGAACGUAAUACAUUUUCGUAGACUUUGCACCGAUUUUAUCGGCCUGAUCGGUAUCGGCCGAUAAUUAGCAUUUUAUGCUGAUCGGCUUUGUCAUAAUUCACCGAUCCGGUCAAUGACGUCAUUGAUCGGCUCCGCAAAAGACAUUUACUCCGCGUCGCCAUCGUGCACAGUAUAUUUGAAUCCAAAAGCUAGUUUAUUUUUAGCCUUGUCGCAUGUCUUUUGACGUAUUACUGUAAAUAUCUGACGGCCAAUAAAGUUAAAAAAAUUAAUUAAAAAAUGUCGGCAGUGUGGGACAUACAACACGUCUGAGACAGACAACACGUAAUAUGUGGAUCAGACUACAGGACAAAUUUGGUCUUUCACGAUUGCACUAUGUUAGACAACUGCAAUAAAAUCUUGUAUUCAGAUACCAGCGCAUCCCGUUUUUUAUGAUUUUUGGCUUUAUCUUGUCAAAUGCGACAGGAUACACUCGUUACCAUGGCACCGUCCACAAGAGUGGAUCGCGCCAACUGUAUUAUAAGGACAAAAUGGGGAAAAAUGUGUGUGGACAUUCGUUUAAGCCUUGCUUGAGGUAUGUUCACGUACUUUUAAUACGAUAUGGCUCACAAGCAGGCAACAAAACGUUACAACAAGCAGGCAACAAGCUACUACUAGCGCUAACGGUUGUACGUAAACAUGCCGCCGUUCUGUCGAAUCAUGCUGUAAAGUUUCUAUGUGACUGAAGUAAUUUAAUUACAAUGAAGUAAUUCAAUUACAGUAAGUUAGCACCCAUUAUUUCUGUCAUGUUGUAAUGUUGGUUUGACCUGACUGAUUAGAAUACACGAUCUGACUACAGCAGUGAUUUCCAACCUUUAUGUAGCCAAGGAACAUAUUUUACAAUUGAAAAAAUCUCACGGCACACCAACAAACAAAAAUGUGACAAAAAGUGGAUACAUUAAUUACUGUAUGUACUUCCUGCCAUCUAAUAAAAGACCAUUCAUUUG